CUCCCCCUCUCUCUCUGUGAGUGGCAAUGAUUUGCCAGUGAAUAUUGCAGAGGGCUGGGAGUCAAUUGGCAAAGCCCAAUCUUGAUCAAUCUGCAGAGGGAUUUCUUUUGUGUCGUUUGAAUUGGAAUAGGGGUAUAUAUUAAACAAUCUCGUGGUGCGAAGCCCAUGGCUGUGGAGAGAGGUGAUCAGGAGGGGGGGGUUGGCUCCAGACGGCGAGACGCGCCCCCGACGAGGCUCAGGGACUUCGACGGGACGGUGAUGCCUCUCUUGGGGGGUUUCGGGCAGUACCAGAAGCGGCUGAUCCUCCUGACCUGGAUCCCGGCCAUCUUCAUCGGCUUCAGCCAGAGCUCGGACUCGUUCUUCACCGCCGAGCCCGACUUCAGCUGCCGGAACGACAGCCGGCGGCCGCCGGGGCGGCUGGUGCUGGCACAGCUCGGGGGCCGACUGCCCAACGGCACCGGUGCCGUCCUCGCCCCCGCCCCCGCCCCCGCCCCCAGCCCCAGCCACCAGCACCCGGAGGACAACAGCAGCUGCCAGUGCACAGAGAGGGACUAUAUCCUGAGAGCUGCCCUCACCCAGAACAUCGUCACCAAGUGGAACCUGGUUUGUGAUUCCUCUUGGAUGGUCCACAUUGCUAAGUUCUCGUUACUUGUUGGUCUGAUUAUUGGCUAUUUGGUAACUGGAUGCCUAGCUGAUUGGUUUGGUCGACAGCUGGUGCUGGCAGUCUCCAUUGUGUUAAUGUUAAUCUUUGGACUGAUGGUGGCUCUGUCUGUGAAUGUGACGAUGUUCAGCACUCUGAGGUUUUUUGAAGGCUUCUCACUGGCAGGAAUAUUUCUGACUCUCUAUGCCACACGUAUCGAACUAUCUCUGCCUAGAAACCGAUUCAUGAUAACCAUGACAGCGAGCUUCAUUACAAUGGGAGGUCAGCUGCUGAUGCCUGGUCUUGCUGUCUUGUGCCGAGACUGGCAGAUAUUGCAAGCCAUCAUCAUUUGUCCUUUCAUAUUCAUGUUGUCUUACUGGUGUAUUUUCCCAGAAUCUCUCCGAUGGCUGCUAGCCACGCACCAGCUCCACGCUGCCAAAGACGUAUUUCUGGACUUUGCACAUAAAAAUAGAGUGCAUCUGGAGGAUGAUAUCAAGGGAUUUCUUACUGAACUCGAUAAGGAGGAACCAGUGGCGAGACAUAACAAAACCUGCAUUGUGAAAAUCAUACAUACAAGAAUUUUGUGGAAGCACAUCUUAGUACUUUGUGUGAAUUCCCUGACUGGAUUUGGGAUCCACUACUGUUUUGUGAAGAGUAUGAUGGAUCACAAAAUGGAUGGAUCAAGUUACAACUUCCUGCAAAAUUUCUAUGCUGAGUACUACAUCAUGGAAGUGAUUGGAAUUCUAUCCUGUGCGGCCAUGUGUGGUCUUGUAAGCCUGAUGGGGCGAAGGGGCACCCUAUUGCUCUUCACCAUCAUCACUGCACUCGCUUCCCUCCUCCAACUAGGCCUCAUAAACUAUAUGAGCAAGAGCCUACAGGACCCAUUUUCUGUCACAUUUUCUAUUGUGGGUAUGUUUGCUUCCCAUGCGGUGGGAAAUCUGAGCAUCUUCUUCUGUGCUGAGCUCACCCCGACUGUGAUCAGGGGUGGAGGUUUAGGUCUGGUUUUGGCAAGUGCUGGAUUUGGCAGACUGACUGCACCCAUCAUGGAGCUUCACAACCAGAAGGGUUACUUUCUGCACCACGUGAUCUUUACUUGCUGCACAAUGAUUUGCAUCAUUUGCAUCCUACUGUUGCCUGAGAGCAGAGGGCUGAAUCUCCCAGAGACCAUCGACGAUGGAGACAACUACACCAGGCAGCCACUCCUCCCUCCGAAAAAGGCAGAGCAGCCUCUGCUCGCAAAUCAGACUGAACUCAAGGACUACUCUGGGCUUCAGGAAAUCGCAGGCCCCUCCGACUCCACUGCUGAGAUCACCACAGCCAAUGGCAAUGGCAUUAGGUCGAUAUGAUCGUCCUUUUUAGUGUUUACAGUUGAGUGUUUUGCACAGAAGAGACCUCCAGCACCUGGUUAUUUUGUGAACUAAUUCAUUUGGCAAGUGUUUUAGUUCUGAGCUGGAUGACUUUUUUUAAACAGACUUAUACCCUCCCUCCCCUUAAGGGGGUAAUGAUUGUGAAUGUGGAAAUUUAGGAGGCUCCCAAAUUCCUGGAGGGUCAGUGGGAGCUGCCUAUAGCAAAUAAUGCACUACAUCGUUGAAAGGGGAAGGGGGAGAAAUGCCAAUAAACUGUUGGAGGAGCUGCCAUACAACUGGGAAAAAAAAGUAGUGAGACUUUAAGGAAGACACUAGUAGGCUUGCAAUUUUCAACCCCAUUUUUCCCCUUGAUGUCUUACCUUUCUCUCCCACCCCUCCCCAUUUCACCAUUAAACACAUUGGUUUGGAAUAAUUCUGACUUAAUGCCACCCAAAUGUUUCCAAUGGCAGGAAUGUCACCCCUUCACUCCAAAUGAAUGGAAUGUCUCCACUUUACACUGCUUAAUUGCUUCUUCUGUCAGCUGAUAAGUAGCUAAUAGAAUCUCAGAACCAGUAUUCUUGCCACCUCCUUUCCCUCACUUUAAAACAUCUCACUUACAUGUGUCUCACUUAAGAUAGAUCUCAUCUGUAAAUCCAUGGUGUUUUUUGUAAUUCUAGGCAUUGUUAUUAAGUUUCAAACAAAAUUGUACAGUUGUAAAUUAAGUCUGAGUGUCAAAGCAUGAUUGAAUUUUUAGACCUUUUUCCCUCCAUGCAGUAAUUUAAUAUUUCAGGCAGUAAUGUAUUUUUUGCAAAUGGGGAACUAUUGCAAGCAAUAUUGUAUUGCAAAAAAUAUCAGGGUUAUGGUACGUAUUCUCAACCGUUUCUCUACUAAAUGAAGGUUAAACACUGAACAUCUUGAGCUGGGCUGCUGACUUGUGGUGCUGGUUUUCCAUUGCAUUUUUCUAGUGGCCUAGCAUUAUAUCUGAGCCCUCUACAAGUGUCCCUGAUGUGCUGGAACACAAAGUAAAUUGCACAGCUACUCAUUGAAGAAUUAUUGCACAUCACUCAACUGGUGGAUUUUUUUAAUAAAAGUAAUUUCAUUCACUGUA